AUGACACUUCCUCCGAUGCGGUUGCCUCCCUCCCAUAGUACGCUGGCUGCUCAGCCGACUGCACUCGAAGCACGUCAUUUUGCAGCGACGUAUGCCCUAUUCCGCCCGACCCCUUCAUUGCAUUGCAAGACCGUCAAAACGCCGCUACGGAGCUCACCAAGCGUAGAGCUGAGCAGGAUAGCAAGGCUGGGCGCUGCCGGAGGCGGCAACAAACUUCCGCCUAGUGGACGUUGGCAAAAGGCACCGAAAAUUGACAUGGGUGACAGAGCUCGCAGGCAAAUUGAAGAUUUGGUCAGGCGAAGCGCUCUCUGGAACCCAAAUGGCAUCCGGAUUCCUGAUGCCGAAAAGCGGAACAUCGUGGAUUCCUUUUGCCAUCUGGGUUUUCGCAAGAGCCAUGUGGAAGAGGCUGUGGCAGAGUGUAAAGACAGGGAAGAAGUAUUGGAGUGGUUAUUGAUACACGUCCCGGAAGACGAUCUACCGAAAUGGAGUCUUCCGGAGGGCUAUUCCGCCGGCAUAACUCUUGCCAGCGCCGACUUGGCGAAGGAAUAUAAAAUAAAGCGACUGGCCACGUCCGGUUACUCCACCGAUCUUUGUGCAGAAGUACUUGAUAAAUACAAUGAUGAUGAAUUCAAAGCAGCGGAACACCUCCAAAACCUGCUAGUCGAUGAUGAGAGUCUUCCUAGUAAUUCGGCCUCUUCUGAAAGCGAAAUUGAUGCAUGGGAUGAAGAAAACCAGACUUUGGAAGCAAUAUAUGGUGAGAAAUAUAAAAGAUUGUCAAGCAACAAGUGCGAAAUCGUAUCAGACUAUUCGCGCUCGCAACAUGCUGUAACCUAUCAUUUCCAGAAACCAGCGGGCGCCUCAUACCCUGAUUGCCCCUUGGUUUUCACUCUCUCAUCCCAAACGAUACCCGCUUACAUACGCCUCAGCGCGAUCAGACAAGCUAUUCAAUAUGCUCGUGAAAAUCUGCUUGGGGGGCCGAUGGUAUUUAACCUGGUAGAUUGGUUAGAUGAAAACAUACCCCAAAUUCUCGAAAACCCUGGAAAAUUACGAAAUAUCUCGAUUGAAGCUCCAGUUCGACCCAAUGCCGGACGACCAGCAGCGACCAGCUUAAAGGGCUCCCGAAAAUCUUCUAGAAAGGUCACGCCUGGAAAUGAAGCCUUACAAAGCGAAGCAUUGCGCAAAGCCUGGGAAUCUAAACAACUACGUCCUGAGCAGCAGAAGAUGAUUGCGGCCAGGAAAGGGCUUCCAGCUUGGGAAAUGCAAGCUGCCAUCAUCCAAGCAGUGAGCGCCAACCAAGUGACGAUCAUAUCCGGAGAAACUGGAAGUGGGAAAAGUACCCAAUCCGUUCAAUUCCUACUUGAUGAUAUAAUUCAACGCGGUCUCGGUACCACAGCAAAUAUUGUCUGCACUCAGCCAAGACGUAUAUCUGCGAUCGGGCUUGCUGAUCGAGUCAGCGCGGAACGCUGUUCUACCGUUGGGGAUGAGGUUGGGUAUAUCAUUCGGGGAGAUAGCAAAUUCAAACAUGGGGUCACUAAGAUAACAUACAUGACAACCGGUGUCCUGUUACGCCGCCUGCAAGUUGGCGGUGAUAACCUUGCAGAAUCGCUUGCAGAUAUUAGCCACGUCAUGGUUGACGAAGUCCAUGAACGAAGCCUGGAUACUGACAUCCUCUUAGCAGUUUUGAAAGAAGCAUUGAGAGCUCGACCUGACCUCAAACUCAUACUCAUGAGCGCUACGCUAGAUGCAGAUCUUUUCAUCCGGUAUUUUGGUGGUGAUUCCCGGGUCGGGCGGGUCAAUAUUGCCGGAAGGACGUUCCCGGUUGAAGAUAUUUAUGUCGACCAGGUGGUCCAAAUGACGGAAUUUCAUCCAAGCGGUGUACCGUCGAGUUGGGAUGAGCCUUCAGGCGGCCUUGAGGCGCCAGCCGAAACGCCCAUAGGUACGAUUUUGCAGAAACUCGGGAAAGGUAUCAACUAUGAUUUGAUCGCUGCCGUCGUUCGUCAUAUUGAUGCCCAGCUAAAAGGGAAACCAGGAGGUAUUCUGAUUUUCUUACCUGGAACCAUGGAAAUAGACCGAUGUCUAGCUGCAAUGAGGGAUCUAAGUUUUGCCUACCUACUACCUCUACACGCAUCCCUCACACCAAACGAGCAGAAAAGGGUAUUUUCAGAUGCGCCUAAAGGAAAACGAAAAGUAAUCGCCGCCACCAACGUUGCGGAAACGUCUAUAACAAUUGAAGACGUGGUUGCUGUCAUCGACACCGGCCGCGUCAAGGAGACACGAUAUAACCCGGUGGAUAACAUCGUGCGGCUUGAAGAGACGUGGGCUUCCCAAGCCGCCUGUAAGCAACGCCGGGGCCGAGCAGGACGAGUAAGAAACGGGACUUGCUAUAAAUUGUAUACUCGAAAUGCAGAAAGUAGCAUGGCUCCUCGGCCAGUUCCAGAAAUUCAACGGGUACCGUUGGAGCAACUUUAUCUGUCCGUCAAAGCAAUGAAGGGUAUCGACGAUGUUGCGGGUUUUCUUGCCAGAACUCUCACGCCGCCUGAUACUGCUGCCGUGCAAGGUGCUGUUGGCUUGCUCCAUCGAGUUGGUGCACUUGACAAUGGUCAACUGACGGCCCUUGGCCGUUAUAUAUCAAUUAUCCCGACGGACUUGCGUUGCGCAAAACUCAUGGUGUUUGGUGCAAUUUUUGGAUGUCUUGAGGCUUGUCUCACAAUGGCCGCGAUUCUUACCGCGAAAAGUCCAUUUAUAUCUCCGAAAGAUCAGCGAGAGGAAGCAAAGGUCGCAAGGGCUCGUUUUUCGACCGGUGAUGGAGACCUUUUGGUCGACCUCGCAGCGUAUCAACGUUGGUUAGAGCACGUCAAAAGCCAGGGCUAUCGCCGAAUGCUUGCAUGGUGCAAUGACAAUUUUUUGAUUCCGCAAACCCUUCGCGAUAUCUCAUCCACCGGGCCCACCUAUUGA